CCUUUCAAGCUCACCCACUCAUCUCAUCUCCUGCGGCUGCCGCUGCCGGAGAAAAAACAUAUACUGCCAUCCUCCCUAAGCACCAACUCGCCACGCCACUCGUUAGGGCCAAAAACUCUCCCAUCCAAUGGCGCUACGCCUCUCCGUCUCCUCGUCCCACGGGCCGGCCUCCUCGCCGGCCAUCUCCACAUGCCGGCCGGCCGCUUGCGGGCGCUUCCCCGCCUUGCUCGGCGGCGGCGCGGCUUCUCAGAGGAGGAGCUUGAUGGUGACGUCUGGCUCUGAGACGAGGGCAGUGAUCCCGGUGAAGUCGAGCAGUUCGGACACAGCCACGGUGGGGGCCGAGGCGGAGGCGGUGGCCGUGACCGGGAAGGUGACGGAGGUGAACAAGGAUACCUUCUGGCCAAUUGUCAAGGCGGCAGGGGAGAAAAUCGUCGUCCUCGACAUGUACACCCAAUGGUGCGGCCCUUGCAAGGUGAUGGCACCAAAGUUCCAGGAGAUGUCCGAGAAGGACCAAGAUGUUGUGUUCCUCAAGCUUGACUGCAAUCAAGACAACAAGUCUCUUGCAAAGGAGCUAGGCAUAAAAGUUGUGCCAACAUUCAAGAUUCUCAAGGACGGGAAGGUGGUCAAGGAGGUCACAGGUGCCAAGAUUGAUGAAUUAAUCCAAGCAAUCAAGACAGUGAAGUUAAGCUGAGGAAUGCCCUGAAAAUUUGCACCAGUUAGCUUGUUGUCACUAGUGUACGCUAUGGGUGAAGUGGGUAUUCAACUUGGAGACAAACAGUUAAUCUAGUUCUUCUGCUUAUGAUGAUUUUAUCAAGCAUCUAGAACAAUAUACGGUCAUCCAUAUGGAAUGCACCAUGUAAAUAACUAUUUCCAAGUUUCCAACGCCAUGAUGAUCUGUUUCUAAUCUUACUGAUUUGCGACUGAAAGUUUAUUGCUUGGUUAGCAAAUUUUCAGAAAAUAUAAAAACUUCUCAUGCU